AGCAAUUUCACUUUCUUUUUCUUCCUCUUCAGAGGGCCCUGAAGAGUUCUCUCUGAACUUUCCAGAGGUUCAAAGGUGUUGCACUCUCCCUGAGCCAAGUUCAGGCACCCUCGAGGCUGUGUAGGGGAUGGCAGGAGGGGACAAUGGAUCCAGCAGCAGGGCAACCACAGAAGACCAGAGCAAAGAGGAGAUGGCCAACUAUGAGCGCAUGUUCAAGCACUUCCAUGAAAAUAAGGUAGAAAUCGCAUGCGCCAUCACAAAGCCGUUUCCUUUCCUCAUGAGCCUCCGAGACCGCGGCUUCAUCUCUGAGCAGAAGUUUCAGGAUUCUCAAGAAAGGUGUCAAAACCUGGUCCCGGUGGGCAGAGUGGUGUAUGACAUCCUUAGUGACCUACAGAACAAGUUUAGCCUGUCGCUUCUGGAAGUGAUAUUCAGCAAAAUGCAUCUGAAGGCCUACCCAGACUUAAAGGAGACUAUGAGGCACUUCCUAGAUGCAUCCUGUAGUCCUGGAAAUUCCCAAAUGAAUGAUGAGCAGGGAGAGGAGGUGCCUAGCCUCCCACAAUGCAACGGAGGAGAAGGAAGUAGUUCUUGUGAACAAAUGUUUGAUGGACAAGAGCCCCAGGAUGACUUACCCCCAUCACCACUGAGACCUGAAGCAGGAGCAGAGCAAUCCACAAGUGGAAAUGAGGCCUGUUCCUGUGUCAUGUGUUCCCCAGCAUACAUUCAAGAAGGCCCAGAAGCAAGGAUGGGAAGCAGCCGAGCAGAUACUGUGGAGACUGGAAACAACACUACUGCAGGAAAAUCCAAGAGGAAGAGAAGAAAAAAGAAAGGCCACAACUGGUCAAGAGUAAAAUGGAGAAGGCCACAGACUGUACGACCACCAAUUCCAAGAAAGCGCAGAUAUGAGAAUGCAGAUUUCAGCACUGAGCUGCUUCCUGUGACAUGUGGUGACGUGAAGGGAGUGUUAAGCAAGGAUAAAUUCAAGCAAGGGAUCUCCGUAAAGUCCAUACAGAGUGAGGAUGGGGGCUGGUACACACCCCCUGAGUUUGAAAUCCUGGGAGGCCAUGGACGAUCAAAGAACUGGAAAUUGAGUCUGCGCUGCUACAAUUGGACCCUGAAAUCGCUGAUCCAGGGAAACUUUCUACCCAGUCCUCCACGAAUAUAUGGCAGGAAAAAAAAGAACUCAGAUGAGUGUGAGGUGUGCCGGGAUGGAGGGAUGCUCUUCUGCUGUGAUACUUGCUCCAGAGCCUUCCAUGAGGAGUGUCACAUCCCAACGGUGGAGGCUGAGAUAACACCAUGGAGCUGCAUCUUCUGUAGGAUGCAGUCCUUAGGAAGCCAACAGAGUCAUCCAGAAUCUGAGGUACUGCAGAGAUGCAUGGUGCCCCAGGAACAGUUGAAGUGUGAGUUUGUCCUCUUGAAAGUCUACUGCUGUUCUGAGAGCUCCUUUUUUUCCAAGAUGCCAUAUUAUUGUUAUUUUAGGGAAACAUCUGAGGGUGUGCAGAAAGCUAUGUGGUUGGACAUCAUCAAGCAAAAGCUGAGAAAGAGAGGUUACUCUCACGUGGAAGAGUUUGUGCAAGACAUGAGGCUCAUCUUCCACAAUCACAGGACCACGUUCAAGGAACUUAACUUUGGCCAAAUGGGACUUAGACUGGAGUCUGAGUUUGAGAAGACUUUCAAGGAAGUGUUUGCUGUUCAGGACACAAAUGAAAACAGUUGACUGAUGUCCCGGAUGCUGCUGGUGUCCUGGCACCUUGUUGUUUUCUGGCCAGGUCUUCCCACCCACAGCAGUGAGUGCUCUCUACCGACUCUGUCAUCCACAGAGGAUUCUCUGGGUCCCAUGCAGACAGCUGCAGCUGGGAGUCACACCUCCUGGCCUUGAGGUCCAUCCCCCUGCCUCCAGCUGGAACCAAGGGUGUAAUAAAUUGCUGUUCUCUGCUCCCCAAGUCCAACUGAUUUAGCUCUCUCUCUCUCUCUCUCUCUCUCUCUCUCUC